AUGUCCAUCAGUGCUUCGCCAUCAAAGGAAACUGCUUGGAGAUUGUCGUACAAAAACGGUGUCGUCCAGCAGUUCUACAAGCUGUCACUGCAGGUGCCACCAGAGGGCGUCGGUCAAUUUAGCCAGUGGCUGGUCGAUGGCUCACCCGGUCUAGACCUGCAUCUAUGCUGCCCAGUCAAUGCCGUUCGCACACGCAAUGCCGGAGGGUACUCGAUCGACGCUGGCGGCAAGUCACACGACGUUGACGCCGUGGUGAUGGCGCCGGAGCCCGGUGUAGCCGCCGAUCUCCUGAGCGACAUCAUCCCAUCAGAUUCGGCAGCCAAGCUUCGAAACUGCCGCUAUUCAGAGUACGCUCACGUUCAGCUCUGCUACAAGAAGAAUCCUUGGCCAAACUUCCCGGCGUCCGUCGCAUUGCCUGCAACUGAUUUGAGGAAAUGGGGCGCCUGUGUGCUGCUGAGCCAUCGCCAUCCCAACUCAGUCCCUGCAGGCGGCGAAGCAGUUGGUGUUUACUUUUACACGCCGCCUUUCGCGGACAUGGACGACGAAGAAAUCAAACAUGAAGCAUUGAUGGCUGUAACCGAGGUUUUCGGGGCCGAGCCCUAG